AUGACGGUAUCUCAGCGGACACUCAUUCUCUUUGGCAGCGCGUUUAUACUGCGACUAAUGUUGCUACUAUACGGUCAUUUUCAAGAUCAUUACAUGAAUGUCAAGUAUACGGAUGUGGAUUACGACGUAUAUACAGAUGCAGCACGUGAGAUAGUCGAGGGUCAUUCGCCUUAUGAGCGCACAACGUAUCGUUAUACUCCAAUCUUAGCUUUUUUGCUACUACCAAACAUUUAUGUCCAUCAAGAGGUUGGAAAAGUGCUUUUUAUAAGCUGUGACUUGCUAGCUGGGUACAUUUUGUAUGACAUUCUAAGACAUCGAGGACUUUCAGAUCCAAGUGCUAUCAAUUAUUGCUGUGUGUGGCUAUUCCAUCCGUUUUCAAUCAAUAUCUCAACGCGGGGUAAUGCAGAUUCAAUUGUCGUGCUCUUAGUGCUGUUGUCAUUACUGUUGAUGAUGCGAAAACAACUCGUGCUUUCGGCUUUGGCAUAUGGUGCUGCUGUUCACUUCAAGAUAUACCCGGUUGUCUAUGCAUUGGCUUUUCUUGUUUUCCUUAACGGAGACUUUCGAACAGCCAAUGCCAAAAAACGGACUUCUUUGUGCAGUUCCUCGUGUUGCUUUUUAACGAAACUUGCGAAGCAGCUUAAUCGUGACCGUCUUACUUUCGGUCUUGUGAGUGGAGGACUUUUUCUUAUCCUUGCAGCAGGCUGCUACUAUAUCUACGGAUUCCAGUGUCUGUACGAAACAUAUUUUUUCCACUUUACGCGCACGGACAAUCGCCACAACUUUGCAGUCUACUUCUACGACCUCUAUCUCCGAUACAACACCACAUCGGGUUAUGGCGUUGGUCUUCUUGCUUUCUUACCUCAGCUGACGUCACUCGUUGCGAUUUCAUUUGCCUGCGGUCGCGACUUGCCCUUCGCAAUGUUUGCGCUAACGAUGGUUUUUGUCAUAUUCAACAAGGUGUGUACAGCACAGUACUUUUUGUGGUACACCGCUUUCCUGCCUCUCAUUUUCCCGCUGACAAGCCUAAAAUUCAAGUGGCAGGGCGCGGCUAUGAUUGCUGCAUGGCUGGGAGGCGAGUUUCACUGGCUGUAUUGGGCGUAUCAGUUGGAGAUGCAAGGCAUCAACACGUUCUUUCCUCUUUGGGUGGCUGGUCUCGUCUUCUUUUCAGUCAAUUUGGUGCCAAGCGGCCGAGAUAAAGUUGAAUAA